AAAUGUACUAGGUCCUCGGAGUUAGAAGUAGACACCAUCGACAUCGCCGAAAAGAAGCCGUGCAAUAUCAUGUCUCUCCUCCUUCCAAGAAGGAGCUUAUCGCCGGUUUCUAAGGCGGGUUUUCAUCAACUGCAACAAGCAGGAGACGAGGGCCACACCUCCUCUAGAACUACGAGCACGCCUCCUCCUGUAUCGUCUUUGUCGCACGAAAAUAUGGAGGAAGUGCAAAAGGAAAAGUCUAAGUCAGUUGAUCAGGAGCAAAUAAGUGCGAUGAUCCUGCAACAGUUGCAGCAAGGUCGUCGUCCGCACGACAGCGAAAGUAUUAAUCCAACGAUGAAAUCCGACAACCCGGCCACAGCACAACUACCAGCAGCCUCCCUGCUCCCGGAAGACAGUCCGGGAAACGCCAGCACGGUAGCUACGGUGGUGUUGAACGGUUCGGACGAUGUUGAAACGUCGCAAGUCGAAAUCGCGCCGGACGAAGAGACAGUGAUCGUGGACCAUCAGGACGAAUUGGACUUGUUUCAAAAUUUCGAGGAAAAUGUUCUGCUGACGCGAAAUGGUGGUGGGAAUGGGAAACAGGAGCUCCUCAACGGGCGGCCACAACUCGUGGCAGACGCAGGUGUCGUUCCGCCUCGCGGACCGAUCGUCACUCCGGACAAGAAUGUCGAGCGGAGGAAAGUAACCGAGGGUCUGAAGGACCAAGAGCUGCAAAGUAAAAACGCACAAUGCAACAGAACCGAAGCUGGCGGAGGCGCGUUCCUCUCUAAUACAACCAGUCGCAGUCCUUCCUGUGUGAGUCUAGCAGAUCAUGGCUGCAGCGCGUGCGAGGACGACGAGGAAAACAGCAUUGACCUCGUUACCGAGGAGUGUUGUGAAGAUGAUGAUACAAGGAACUACGAUCGCGUACCAGCGACGUCGGUGAACUACGACCCAGCUUCCGGCACGAUCAGCGGACUACAAGGAGGGGCAGGUGUUCUUUCGCAGAAACGUGACGUCGAGAAUGAAAUGAUCGUGAGCAAGAAGAUCAUGACGAAGGAGAAUGCAACUACAACCAACACCUUACUUCACUCCAACCCCAGCACGCCUUCCAUCGAAGCGCCGUCCCCAAUCGUCGACGAGGACGAGGAGCAAGAGCAGUUUUUUCUCGUGGCCCGCACGGAUAGCGACGAACAGGAGCGACAGGACAGAAAGCGCAGGGAGCUGUUGUCCUCUUUGGCGCAGACGGGAGAAGCGCUGCACGGAAAGGUUGAAAACGAUCCCUCCGCAGUUCUCCUCCAGCUGCAGCAGCAGCUUGAAAAGCGGGACGCCCGGAUUGCGCGGUUGGAAGCGCAGUUUUCCAUUCUCGCGAGUAGCACGGAGGCGUCGCACAAUCUGCUGAACAGCUGUGAUCAACUGGUACAUGGAGCCACCGCUUUGUCAUCUGCCUCUGCGUCUGAUGUUGGCGCCGUGGAUCAAACUCAUCUACUAGGUCACACUGCUGCUGCUGCUGCAUCAACCGGCGCAGGAGAGCUGCAAGGUCAGCAAGAUAAACCAAACUCGAGCAUCAAGAUGAUGACAAACGACACUAGUGGUCUCCCUCUCCUCAAAAAGAGUUACCAAGCGAUUCUGACUUCGAGUUCUUCUCCGAUAGGGAGUAAUUACGCGGACAACUACUCGUGCGGUUCGGACGUCGUUUUUUCUCCGGAUCUGCAGUCUGCUUUGGACAAAGUUCACAUUCACGCGAGGACCAGUUUCCCGUAUUGGCAAGCAGAAGGAGGACAAAGAAAUCAAUACGCAAGUAGAAGUAUCAACUUCCGUGAUUCAUCCGCCCAUGGCGAAACUGCUGGUGCUGAAGAUGCCCUUUCUACCUCCUCCGGCCCGUCGCCUCCGUUGUCCUCUUCGCAUGGGGAAGAAGUAGCAGGGCAAGGGCUUCUAUUAAGCGAUUGCGAUCAUGAAGAAGAAGUGCAUAAAAAACAACAAGCUCUGUUGCAAGAACUACACAAUAACAAUUUACAAAGUCAGCCUGUUGUGCGCUUUGUCUCCCCUAUCCAGUCUACCGCCGCCCCGCAAUUUUUCAGCAUCGGCACCCCCGCGGCGAAACCCUCCCUGCGACCAACGUCUUUGGUAAUGAACUACAACCGUUGUAGCAGGAGCUCCUGUGGCGCCACCGGAGGUCUAACAACUUUGGUAGACGACCAUCCUCCAGAGGAAAAAGUUAAAGCCACAACCUCGGUGCCACGGAUAACGAUGGCUGCGACGAUGGGUCAUCUUAAUGCGACACUAGUAACUUCGAACUACUACCUCUCCACCUCUCCUGGCAGCAAAAUGGUAGGAGCGAAGAACAAGGUGGUAGGAGUACCGGAGGAAGUCUUCUCUCCGGAAAUCGUGGCGCGCGGGCUUCGCAGAGGGGAAGAAGAGGAGGACCUUGCAAGUGGUCUCAUUGCCUGGAGCCCUGAGCGACUUGUUUGUCGUGCUGGCGCAGUCAAGAACGCAGGCUCUUCUAGUGGCCUUUUGCACGAACAACAGGGGCAGCAGCAGCCGAAGAAGGGUAUUUUGAAGAAGAAAGCCAUGGUGUCAGCAACAGAGGAUACCACCACGGCUCGCGGUUGUACGUCUGCAAGCGCGGUUGAUAAAAUCGAGAAAAAGCCGUCGUUUUACGUGCUCCCAGAGGCUGUAGCGGCAGGGGGUACAAGUGAAGAAAUAAAAAGCAUUAGCGCGACCAGCAAGUACAUGACCGAGGACCUACAGGGUGGCACGACGACAUGCAUGGCCAUGGGAGGUCACGAACACGAGAGGAAAAAUGGUGGCCCGCAGGGCAAAGCGGAGGGUGCGGUGGCAUCAACUCGUACUGACGGAGGACAAAAUGAAAUCAGUGCGCCGAUUUCGUCCAAGACCAGCAAGAACAAAUCGAAAAAGCCCUCCGCGCCAGCACCGCACCCCCGUCGGCAGUCGCCUCGGUUGACAACCUCCCUUCACACCCACAUGACGGCCUCGUCUGCGAACAAGUUGAAAGAGCAUUUGUUUCAUCAGCAUGCAACUUCAACAUCCGCUACACGAACGACCCGUCCUAGCGCAGCAAAAAGUACUAGAGGAGGAGCACCUCCAGCGACGUCCAAAGGGGAGCUGCAUUUACAGUGGGAGCUGAACAACGUGGCGCGAAGUGUGAAAAGAACUACGUCGGCAAGCGGUAGUGUCAGGCUACGGGGCCGGAGUCCGCGAAGCCCAUCACCGACGGUGCACGCCGGGGGUCCUGGCCGACAGACUUCUGCUGUGCGGCAAAGUAGUAAAACUUUGCAACAGCGCUCGGCGUCUCCGGCUGCAGUGGAGCGCUUGCACUCCAGGCAAACCGCAAGCAGCCGAUUGAAGACUCGGGCCGGCGGUGCAGGCUCACCCGUUAGUGCGGGAACAACUGCAAGAGAGCAUCGAAAUCCUUUCAAUUCGACUGCCGAGACCUCCAAUAAAUCGGUCUCGAUGGAGUUGACAGCUACAGAGCUGAACGCCAGUAUUGCAACGAUUCGGGGCGGAGCUGCACCAGACAACGACGAUUCGGGCCGUCACGAGCCGGCUUUGCUCGCUAGCACCGCAAAGGAGACGAGCAGGAAAAGCUCGUUGAGGAGCAAUAGCAGCAUUCUCGCCGGCGGAUCUACUGUGUUCCACCACCCACCUGGGCGCGGAGGUAGUCCUUUCGGAGGGAAGAGUUAUAGUGGCAAAAAUCGAGCAGGAGGAGGACCGCGGCAGCCGAGCCCGAUGCGUCAUCAACGCGGUCAUCUGGGAGGUCAACAGCGUUGUGUUUCUGCCGCGCGACUGUUUCAGCAUCACAAUCAUGUUGCCCGGCCGGCGCCCACAUGUUCUACUUCUUCCCGGAGCAACUCCAUCGGCGGAGGCGCCAUUUUCCUUACUACAACCGGCAACCGAGGCGCAGCUGUACCAGUAGCGGUAGCGUCUCCUGGGGUCGUGAUGCCGUCCAGUUCUAGUACAAUUGUUUCACAGCCCCGCACUGUGCUGACGACCAAGGCGGCACAGGAGGCAAUCGUCGCCAGGCUGCACUCAGCGCAACGAAAGACGGAACGGGCACGGGACAGAUCGCCAGUGCCAUCAACCGAGCAGCAGUACAGCCUACCACGUCGAUAAAUAUUAGCAAGCUGAUUUGAACUUGCGCUCUUUUUGAAAAAAAUAAAAAUUCGUGUUCAAUACAACCAAGGAGCGCGUAUUUUUAUUUUAUUUUUCAGGAUGACUGAUAUUAUAAUUAUAGCAACUCAAGGUCUGACUUGUUGAGGACUGUGAACAAGUUACGAGGGAAAAAAUUAGGAUGCAUGUUGUAAACAAACAUCAGGCACGGUGUUUCCGAAUCGAAAGCCGACCACGCGAGGAACGCCGUGGUGACGGUGAGAACAAGUCAGCAACCACCUACAGAAGUAGUUCAAGGCACCAGCGUAGUCGGGUUUGGUUCGCAGACCCUCUGCGAGUUUCUCCCGCCCUUCCGCACCGCUGUUUCGUCGGCGAGAAGCAGUGUGGUCAGCACGACUUCCGGAGCAGUGCCAGUGGUCAUCCCGGGACGGGAAGUUGCAGCUAAACAGCAGCUUUAUAAAAAUUCCGGUGCAGCAGGAGCUGCAGAGACGGAGCAGCGGCUGUGUUCUGGGCGGUGUCCGCUCCCAGCUGCCUUGAUGCCGGACAAGAACUCGACCUGCUCAACAUCCGUCGCACCCGCACGAUCGGAAAAACACACUUUGCUUCAGCAAGAAAGCGAGUACCAUAAUCAGAUUCUCAACUUGGUCCCACCUUCGGACACCCAGGAGCUGAUUUCUUCCCUUUUGAAGGCCAAUAAGGGGAAGCAGACCUUGCUGAGUGAGAGCAACAGCAAUGUCGAGCUACACAACGAAGGCACAGGAGAUGGUCCUCUACCAGAUGCUGGAAGCAAUGCAGAGGAGAAGAUCAAGAACAUCAAUGGAGCAGCUACUGCUACGUCUUUUUCUGCAAGAACAGUGGAGCGCCGAAUUUCCGCUGCUGGUAAUGUCAAUGUGCAGCUCAGUCAGCAAGUCGUCCCGCUAGUGCAGCAACUGCAGCAAGAAAAGAACACUACCACAGCCAUUGGCAGAAUCCGGUCCUCGUCCACAUCACCAGGCGCGGUGAUUCGCGUGACAACCCCGACCAACCGGACCCUGCUGAACUCCAGUAUGACCAGCUGCGCGAGUUUUUUCACGGCGCAACAAAGUUCUUGUGGGGUGAAAAUGUCAAACAACACGACGUUUUUGACCAGCGCAAUGACGCCGACAACGACGACAAAAGUGGUCCCUUUUCCGGCCUCGAGCGGAGACGAGGGACAAAAAGUUAUCAAUUACGACGCAGCUGUGCCUUGUUUCACCAUGACCGCACCAAAACUGAGUUUACCGCUCUCCACCGGGGUGCCGAAGUUAGACUUCGUGCCGAAGUUCUCGUUUGCGCCAUCAAAUCAGCUGCGGAAGCAAUACUCGUCUCAGGUCGGAAAUAGCGGAGGGGUUGCGACGUCUGCUGGCGGACCGGUAUAUCUACUCAGUUUGUUGCUCUUGCUAGAGCGAGGUAACAAAUGACCCGUUAACUCGCGCCCGCGAGUUAGCCGUCCGCCCGGCCGGCCAGACGGUUAACUCGCGGUUAGAAAUGUAGACAAAGCGAUGGUAGCACAAAUUUGAAUCGAAGAUCGGCGAGCACUUCGGGGUAGAUUUGCACCACGACAAUUCGACUUGUCUACACUUCUAACCGCGAGUUAACCGUCCGGCCGGCCGGCCGGACGGCUAACUCGCGGGUGCGAGUUAACGGGUCAUUUGAUGUUACCUCGCUCCUAUAAAUAUGACAAUUUGAUGUUGAAGCUAGUGUUCCAUUUCAGCAUCUUCAUUCCCAUGACAGUUGUAUAAUGCACUACUUUCCCCAUCCGUAUCCGUACGUGAAUUAUCGUCAAGUUCUGACAAUUAUUGAAACUACCGCAGGUGGAUGAUCAGCAUAACGAGGACCAAUCCCACGAUGGCUUUCCGCGCAAUCCGAGCAAAGCAAGUGACGGUACUAGCGGUACUACUAGUGCGAAUAUUUCCCAGCACAAGAAAAAUUACGAGCAGCCCCAGGCCUGUACGCCAGACGCUCCAGCGCCGGGAAUUUUCGUCUUGAACGGAGGUAAGAACUACGGAGUAGCUUCGCAUCAGACCAGUUGUUCUUUCAUGAUCAGACGAGGAGAUGAAAAUGUCGCACAACAUUCGCAGCAUGUAGUUGCGAACUGUCCGCGGCCACUGCUGCGGAACGCAAAUGGAAACCGCGUCGGACCGCAUGUGCCAAGGGUGGCCGGCUGCAGAGAGUGGGAUUAGAACUGACUGCGUUCGAGCAAUGUAGUAAAUGUUGACUUAGCUACGGCGCCAAGUGGUGCGUGAACCUAAAGAAACCGGCUGCUUAGUCGUGAACCCAGAAGUGAUUUUGCAAUGCAUGAUGCUGGUGUAAUCUCCUCCUUUCUCAUUCUCACACACGGAGACGGACGUCUGUAUUUUAACGACACAGGGCCUGCUCCUUUUCCUGCGUUAUUUUUUUUACGAAUUGUGUGACAAGAGGAAACUUUGAUGUAGCUAGUGCGUCCUCCACCUUCCCCCGACGUGUCGGAGGUUUCGAUUAGACUACAUUUAGAUUUUACAUUGCAUGUCUUUCAAAAUCUUCAUCAUUUCUCGUUUCUACUUCUUCAAAAGUAGUUGGAUUUAUUACCACCACGAAGGCAAUAUUCACAUAAAAACAUCGACAGAAGUUUCAGCAUAUUGACAUAGUUAGGUAUUGUGGUCUGUUUCUAACUUUUUUGCUCAUGAAGCAUGAGCUGCUAGCAAAUUUACCGAUUUAAUAUCAAAGCACAACAACAAGAAGAGUUACUUUCACAUGACAUAAUGUAUGAAUUCCUGUCAACUACACGACUGCACAAAAGCAACGCUCAAAACGAAUUCAUCGCUUUUCCCACUGUAGAUCAGGAAUCUCCUCUGAAGAGUCUCGG